CUGGAUUGUAAAGAUAGUAUACUGUGAGACCUAAUACUUAUCACUAAUAUCCUUUAUAUCCUAGCCAAGCAUCAAAAACCUCAGUAUUCUGGCGCGUCGUUUGGGGGAAAGGCCAUUGUUAAGGGGGGGGGAAGGCUUCACGUUGACUGUUGGCAGGCGGAUUUUUCUAACCAGUCAGUAAACUCAACACCAUGAAAUACUGGAUAUAGGGCUAACCGGGGCAUUUUUUUAGCUUCAAAAUUGAUGGGAAUUGCUCGAAGAAUGUGGGUGGUGCUGGUGUUUACUUUUCUAUGUGGAAAUGCGUGUGGUUCGAACGCGGGUAUGUGCCAAGAACUGAAGAGAAUUUUGAAUACGCUAAAUAUCAACCCUGCGGAUGGCUAUUCCGGUACGCCACUUCAAACGGCCGUUCUUAAGGGGAACAAAGAAAUUGUGCAACUUUUGCUUGACAACAAUGCUGAUGUCAAUCUUAUGACGAGUCGUUAUCAUCGAAGUAUUCUAGCGCUGGCGAUGCCGUCAGAUGAUCCAGAGAUUCUGGAGAUUCUAUUGGACAACAACGCUGACAUUAAUGCGAGAGAUUCACAUGGAGAUCCAGUGCUCCAUGUGGCUACCUUGUUAGGCUCUGGAAUAUUUUUCAAACUACUGCUCGAGAGAGGUGCUGAUAUUAAUAUAACAGGCUGGGAUGGCAGGACUGCACUUCAGAUUGCAGAAAGGUAUGGGGAAACUGAUAAGGUCCACAUGUUACAACAGCAAGCCAGAACAGAUUGUAAAAAAGGGAAAUAGGUGGGACUAGGAAGUUGAAAUUAUCAUCAUCUCUACUAUAUCAUGGUAUUGGCCAUAAGCCGUGUUUCGUUUUAAAGGGGUUAUCAGUGUUUACGGUAUGCAGGGCUAUGCAAGGUACAUGCCCUACAUAUCUCCGACGAAAGUAACCGAAUCAACAUAAACAAUCAAUUAAGAUUAAUUG